AUGCAAGGACCGACGAACAAAGAACUCGUUGAACUGAACUGGGAUGAGUUACAUGAUAUCUCUACUGAAAGUUUGGUCGAGUUAACGCCUGGAAGUGAAAACAGUUUGAAAACGAAGAAAAUGCCUCCACAUACAGACAUAGACGCUGAGUUAGCUAUGAAGCAUGACUUUGUAGAACAAGAUGAUGAAAAACCGACGAAGGCUUCGCCUCGAGAGUACAAAUUGAUCUUACGAAACUGUAUUUAUCUCUUUUAUCUCCAUGUAGCUGGACUGUAUGGAAUAUACCUACUUCUUGUAGAAGCCAAGUGGAGCACUGUUUUGAUAACUAGCUUCUUCCACUUGAUCACUCUACUCGGAGUCACUGCAGGAGCACAUAGAUACUUCAGUCACAAGUCUUAUAAAGCUACAAUGCCUCUUCAAAUUAUUCUGAUGCUAUUCCAUAGCUUUGCAUACCAGAAAUCUUUAAUCGGUUGGGUCCGAAAUCACAGGCUCCACCACAAAUACAGUGACACUGAUGCCGAUCCCCACAACGCUAGCCGAGGAUUCUUCUACUCACAUAUCGGCUGGCUGAUGGUGGAGCCGCACCCAGAAGUCUUGAAGAAGAGGAAACUGUUAUAUAUGGACGAUUUGUACAAUAACCCUGUGGUGAUGUUUCAACAUAGGAACGCUUCCUGGCUUCUACACUUACUAGCCUUCAUCAUACCUACGGUUACGAGCUGGAUGUGGGGGGAAAGCUUGUGGAAUUCCUGGUUCAUCAAUACCUACCGUGUCAUGAUCACCAGUAACUUGUCGUUUGCCGGCAACAGCGUAAACCACUUGUGGGGUUGUAAGCCCUAUGAUAAAACGAUGACGGCUGCCCAGAACAUCUACUUCCUUUUCCUCACUUUGGGGGAAGGGUUUCACAAUUUCCAUCAUGUCUUCCCAUGGGAUUACAGAUCAGGAGAAAUCGGUGGCGAUAAAGUAAAUAUUAUUACCCAGUUUAUUGAUAUAUGUGGUAAAUUGGGCUUGGCUUAUGAUAUGAAAACAGCUUCAGAAGAUAUGGUGAAAUCGAGGAUGCUAAGAACUGGAGACGGCUCUGAUCUUUGGGGAUAUACAGACAAAGAGAAGAUUAAAAACAAUUAA